AUGUUUGACAAAAUUAAUCCAGUUAUUACAGUCAUUAAAAUCGGAGUUACAAGAUGUAUGAUAAUCCCAACUAAAAUAGUAGAACAACCAGAGAUAACAAAGCCAGAAAUUCCAGAGUUCUUCUCUCACAAAAGAGUUAUUGGACUAGGAACUAUAAUCCAGGAGUUAGCAGAUGUAUUUGUCAACAACAAUCCUGUGUGGAAAUAUUAUGACAGAGACCAAACGUUAAUUUAUAGUAAUUCACGUGAAGUUAGGAUUCAAGAUAUGGAAGACGUACGAAGAUGGGCAAUGACCUUACUUAACCCAGAACUUACACCAGUUACUAGAGCAAUCAACAAGGAUUUUAUAUCAUCAGAGCUAUUAUCAAUGUUUUGCAAGAUCAUUGGACAAAAAUACCCUGACCACAGUUGCAACAGAUGCGGUGGGGAGAAUAAUGUAAUUCCAGAAGUUACAAUAAUUGAAGAUAUGAUGAAGACAGGAACAAGUGGAAGACAAGAAAAAGAAGAAAGGAUAAUGUAA